UGUGGGGCAGCCGCAGGUCCCGGCUGCCGCCCGCCCGGGGCCCCGGGCACAGCCCCCCGAGCCGGUGGAGCGGCGCGCGGACUCGCUGCAGGUGCGGGGCGCGGCGGGGCCGCCCGGAGCUGCAGGAACAGCGCGCAGGGAGAGCGAGGGAGGGAGGGAGCCCCGCGGCAGGCGGCUCGCGGGGUGCGGAAAGUCCCGCAGCCUGCGUGGGAAAGGGAGCUAUGGAGCUGCUGCGCCCCGUGAGGAGCGGCGGUCAACGCUUCUCCCCCUGUUCUGCUGAGGGCUGCGCUCAGAACUGCAGAUAACCAGCAAAAGCUCAAGGAUGAGAGGGAGGCUAAACGUGCUCAUCUGGAUGGCAGACAUGAUUACUUACUGGAUAUCAUUGCCUCUUGUGUGAAUCUGGACAAAGGAGAAGAUGCUAUUCUUGAUGGAAACCAGAGCAUUGUUGACAACAUGAAGAAUAAGCAUUAUGAUUUCUUGGAUCACCGGAAGACUGACUUUGACCAAGACUACGAAGAGUUUUGCAGAGACAUAAAUGAUCUUCAUGAUCAAUUAAGGAGGUUCAUGGACAUCACCUUCGAAAGUAUUCUGAACACUGAAAGGGCACUGAGUAUGUUGCAGAAAUUUGAAAGAUUGCAAAUCCCAAAUCUUGGCAUUGAUGAAAAGUAUCAGAAAAUAUUUCAAAACUAUGGCCAUGACAUAGAAAGCGUCUGUAAGACUAGGCACAAGAAGGACCCUCCACUGGCUUGUAAUCUGCCCCCAGUAGCUGACAAGAUCUUGUGGGCACAUCACCUAUUCCAUAGGAUCAAGGAGCCCAUGGUGACUUUCCAGAGACAUCCAGCAGUUCUACAAACACCAGAUGGCAAGAGCAUAAUCCGCAAUUACAACAAAGUAGCAAAAGUUCUUGUGAAAUUUGAGGUGAUCUACCACAGGAAAUGGCUUCAGCAGGUAAACCAGCUGAUUUUGAUUAAGAUAUUCCUUAAAGAGAAAAAUAAAAAAUGGUGUUAUCCCUGGUUAGUAGCAGCAUGUAUGGUUAACCUAACUUAUGAUGACUCUCAAGUGAGGGAUGAGCUAAAAAAUAUUGUUUUAUGAGAAAGUGUUCCUGUUAAAAAAAUAGAGCCUGUAGUAUCUGUAGCUGAUUUUAGGAACAACUGAAAGACCUUUCAUUAUAACUAAGAAGUUAAAAAAAAAAAAAAUAUAUAUAUAUAAUGAAUAUCUAGUGGUAGGUUUAGCUGCCCCUCUGUCUCUGCCACAUUCUUCCAACUGGUGCAAGAUAAUGUCUGGGGAGAGAAGUUUUGUCAGCUGGUUGGCCAAAAGUGAAAACAGACACUGUUGGAACUCAAAAUGU